GCUUCUGCUAAUGCGAUUGCAAUUUCUAUUUCAUUUUUAUAAUAACUUGAUCUCUCGUCAAGUUUUUAUAGUAUUAAGUUCAACAAUAAAUUUUUUUAUAGAUAAACUGUAGAAAUAUUUUUUUUUAAUAUGCCAGAUUUACAAAAAUUUGAAGACCACCGUAGAUCGAUUCCAAAACGAAAUGCUAUACCUAUCCAUUAUGUAAGGGGCACUCAUUAUGAAGUUGGUUACAGCAUGGGUAGAACAUUUGGACAAAUGAUUAAAGAGUUUAUUAAAGAUUACACACCAUUACAAGAAGAAAAUUUGAAAUUAUUUAUGGAACCUGAAGGUCAAAUUAUUUAUGAAGAAAGUCUGGAACUAACUAGAAAAUAUUUUCCGCAGUACAUUAUUGAAUUACAAGGAAUUGCUGAUGGAGCACAAGUAUCAUUUGAAGAACUUUUUUUAAUGGCUUUGGAUGAUACUUUGCCUUUAAAUAUGAAUAAGAACUAUGUGGACAAGGGAGCUGUGGGAUGUACAUCGCUUAUCAUAAAUCAACCAGAUGGACAAUACUUAGGACACACGGAGGAUGCAUUAGCUGAAACCGAGGACAACUAUUACAUUAUAGCAGCUCACGUUAUGCCUGGCGAGGAUGAAUUGAAUGGCGUGUUUCAAGCUCGAGAAGAAAAAUUUGAAGCUCUAGCAUAUGCUGGUCACUUACCAGGAUAUGCUAGUGGACAUAAUUUUCAUGGAGUAGUAUUUUCUAUAAAUACGAUAUUUGUAACUAAACCUCUUAGAGGUCGAAUUCCAAGAGAGUUUAUUACCCGCGCUUUACUAUCAUCAAGAGCAGAUAUGUCACAAAUCGUUGAAAUAUUGACUAAUGAGGGUGCAGGUACAGCUGAUGCUUUCAAUGUAAAUGUAGCUUUUGUUAAUGUACCAAAAGAGUCCCGUGUAUUUUACUCUAUUGAAGUUAUUCCAAGCGUCAGUGAAUUUAAGUCACAAGUGUAUCCAGUAGAGUUUAUACCAGGAAAUAAUUCAUUACACGCAAACAGAUUACUUCAUCUUAAGUAUCCUGAAAGUAAGGAUAUACGAUCAUACGAGAGCAGUAUAAAUAGAGAAUGUCGAUACCAGCAACUUUCUAAAUGCAAAAUCCCAAGAAAAUUAAAUGAUGUAUUGGAAAUAUUGGGCGAUGAAGAGAAUGGUAUUUUUAGUAUUUUCAGGAAUCAGCCAAACGAACUUGUAAAAACUAUUCAUUUAGGUAAGAAAUAUAAAUAAUACGGUAAAAAUGACUGAAGUUAUAGUAUGCAGAGUGUUUAGGAAACAGGGUAAUUAUUACUAAUAAUGAAAACAAUAGAAACUCGUUUCCUUACACACUGAACACUCUAAGACUCACUAUAAUUCUGUUAUAUAAAACCAAUGAAGUGUUUAAUAUAAAAAACAAAUGCAUUUAUAAAAAUUUUAACAUUUAUAUUUAAUUAUAUAAUUAUUUAAUGAAAUAUUUUAUUUUGUGUAUCGAUACAAUGUUAGAAAGUCAAUUUUCCUAUAUAAUCAAUAAAACACUUUGUAUAGUUAUAGAUCAUUUUCACUGUACCAUUGUUAGAUUUUUAAUAUUAUUCCUAAGGAGUUCUCCAAAAUUAAUAAGAUUUUGAUAUAAAUAAAGAAUAUGUCAAAAAACAUUCAACGUAACUAAAAAAAUUUCAAUUUUGUAUUUAUUUUGGAAGUAAUUGAGUAGGUUAUAAUAAUCGAAUCACUUGGUUUAUACAGAGUGAUUUAGUAAAACACUGGUUACCUCAGGAGAUAUUGAGAAUUUAAAAAAACAUAACAAUUUUGUACUUUUAAUAUUUUUAUCCGAACCGUUUGCACUUUAGGAUCGUUCAAAGAAUUGGAUAUCAAGUAAAAAUCUUUGAUUUGGUUUUAUAAUACCGGUAGCAGCAUAAUUUUUUUAAAAAACUACAACAUAUUGUUGAUAACUUUCAUUUAAAGGAUCGUAAAUUUUUAUUGCUAUCUUGUUUAUCAUCUCUAGUCAAUAAAAAAUGGUUUAAGUAAUAACUUGAGAAAAAAUGAAUACUAUCAUAUUAAAACAGUGAUAUAACAAUAGAAUUUUGGUCUGAAAUCACUUAAAUUUAACAUGUCGUAACAUCGUUACAAUUGAACGAUUGAUAGAUCGGGAAAAACACGAUAAGAACAAUAUUGAUUUAAAUUUUUUUUAUCAUACUUUUGAAGAGAUUUUGUUUAA